GAAAUUCACUUGGAUCGCAGAAAAAUAGUUUCACAUUAUAUACGUGACUAUUAAAAGAAACAUACAUUAAAAAGAUAUCGACAGAUUAAUGGUAAUUCUUAAUAACAAUCAUGUUUUAAUUGCGUGUUUCAUAGGCGGCAUGUCAGUGCCCCAGGCACGAUUGCGUCUCGACUGGAUCUACGGAUACCGGGGACACCAGUGCCGACAAAAUGUCCAAUACCUUGCUUCUGGAGAGAUAGUCUACUUCGUAGCAGCAGCUGCUGUAGUCUACGACCCUACAAAGAAGCAACAGCGCCACUUCAUCGAGCACACAGACGAUAUCAUAUCCCUUACUACACACCCGGAUAUGAAGAUAGUAGCUACGGGCGAGAUAGGAAGUUCUCCAGUAAUAUACAUCUGGGAUUCUGAGACCCUGGUAAUUGAGUCGGUGUUGUCCGGUAACCAUUCAGCUGGGAUCACUGCUAUGGCCUUCAGCUCUUCUGGUAACUUGCUGGGGAGUAUCGAUCUAGCUGCUACCAGCACAUUCUGUAUAUACGAUUGGAGGAGAGGGAAGAUAUUGGCUAAGCAUUCGAUGGAGACUGAUAGAGUUUUCGAUAUCAAAUUCAAGCCAGAUGACGACAGUGCAGUGGUCACGUGUGGUGUUAAACACAUAAACUUCUGGAAACACUGCGGGAACGCAUUACAGAUACGGAAAGGGAAGAUGAUAAACAAGACGGGAGAGAUUCAGAGUCAGAUGUGUGUGGUGUUCGGGGAGGAGGAAAACUGUUUCUCAGGAACACUUUCAGGAGACAUAUACCAUUGGAGCGGCGGACAACUAACAGCUAUAAUCUCGAAUGCUCACACCGGAGCUGUCUUCUCCAUGCACCGCUCAGCGGAGGGUAUCGCCAGUGCCGGCAAGGACGGUACCAUAAAACUAUGGAGCUCCAACCUGACUCUCAUCACCACAAUCGACCUGUCAAUCACCAACCUCGGGGCUGAAAACUUGUGUUUGAGAUCGAUAGUGUGGUAUAAAGAUCACAUUGUAGUGGGAACCAAGACAAGCUGUAUUAUAGAUGUAGAUGUGAAGGACAGAAGUAGACCUAGGAUUCUGGUUAGUGGACAUAGUGAAGGUGCUAUGUGGGCCCUAGCUACUCAUCCCAAGAAGGACUUCUUUGUUACUGGGAGUGAUGACUGUACUAUAAGGGUUUGGGAUGCCACCAAGCACUUUACAACCUCCUUAUCUACCAUGUCAGACUCUGUGCGUGCCCUCGCUUUCUCACCAAACGGUCAAGAGCUAGCUACAGGGCUAAAGAACGGUGAUCUUGUACUUCUAGAGUUUCCGGCAAUGAAGAAGAUAGCUGAGUUGAUCGGAACUGGGGAGGCUAUACACGAAAUCAAAUUUUCCCCGAAAGGUGACUACAUAGCUGCAGGUUACAACGAUGGUCUAGUGCCUAGUGUUCAGCACCUCUACAGGUUUUGCAAAACCCCUCAUUUCCGAGGUCACACCGACUUCAUCUCCCACAUGGACUGGUCUGAUGACGGAGAAUACCUCUUUACAAACGCUGGCACCAACCAGACUAAGAUAUUCUCCAUCUCAUCUUCAGCUGAAGUUGGACAGGUCUCGGGGGACUCUAAAGCCAGUACCUAUACCCGGGUUAUGGGCGCCCAGGUUCAGGGGAUCUACCCUAAGUUCAUGAAGGAUGUGAACGAUGUUAACGCUAUUGACGUGGAUCAGACUGCUAAGCUAGCUGUAACUGGUGAUGACUAUGGGAAUGUCAAGUUGUUUGAUUUCCCUUGUGAUGCCCCGGGUAGUAAAGCUAAACGCUACAUCGGACACUCCGCUCACGUGACCAACGUUCGUUUUAACCACUCUAAGAAAAUAGCGAUCAGUAUAGGGGGUGAGGAUCACGCUGUGUUCCAAUGGAAGGUCUACCAGGGAAUGGAGGUCCCUAAAGGACACUCCCAAACUGUGGACUCUUGUGAUGAAGAAUCUGAUACUUCCGAUGCUGAACUGGACUCUGACCUAGAGGAGGAAACUCAGAUAUCGUAUGAUAGACCAAGAUACAAGGAAGAUACUAUCAAAGCUAGAGGAAGGAAGAAAGGACCAGGAGCAGUGACCAGACCUCCUGCUCCUGAUGGGGGUCUCCUCCUGGAUUUCGUGUUUGGAUACCGAGGAUACGAUGCCAGGAACAACAUUCACUUCACUGCCCAGAAGGAGAUUGUGUACCACGUGGCUGCACUUGGGAUCCUGUAUGACAGUGAGAACCACACUCAGAGGUUUUACAAUAAACACACUGAUGACAUCCUCUGUCUUGCUCUUCACCCCAUGAAAGAUUAUGCUGCCACCGGCCAAGUUGGUCGAGAUCCCGCAAUACAUGUUUGGGAUAUUACUAAAACUACCACGAUAUCCAUCCUGAAGGGACAGCACCAAAGGGGGGUGUGCUCGGUAGAUUUCAGUUCAGACGGAAAACUUCUUGCUUCAGUCGGACUGGACGACAACCACACUAUUGUUAUCUGGGGUUGGAGAAAAGGUGAGAAGUUAUCUUCUGUUCGAGGAAACAAGGCUAGAAUAUUCUCCCUGAAAUGGAAAACUGGCUCGAAUGAGAGCUUGGUAUCUGUAGGAGUGAGGCAUAUUAGUUUCUGGACUAUGAAAGGAGCAAGUUUGACAUCAAAGCGGGGGAUAUUCGGAAAAUCUGGUAAAGCAUGCACAAUGCUAUGUUGUUCCUUUUCAAAGACAGGAGACCUAACUUUCAGUGGCGGUGAAAAUGGUUUGGUUUACAUUUGGGAUGGUCCGAGAUUAAAAUCAACUGUAGAGGCCCACAAAGGCGCAAUCCAUGCUAUUUGUGCUCUGGACAGAGGCUAUGUCACCGGUGGCAAAGAUGGAACUGUAUGUUUAUGGGACGAUACUUUUGAAGCUCUUCUCAAACAAUAUUCGCUAGCAACUUUUAAAACUGAGAAUCCAAUGCUAAUGAUGAACCCCGUGCAAGCAGUUCGGGGUAUAGCACUCGGGCAAGGUAAAAUAAUCGUGGGCACAAGAAAAGGGAAUAUAUUCGAGAUUGAAAAGAGUGGUCACGUGGAACUGUUGGUCGGUGGUCAUGCGGAGGGAGAGGUGUGGGGUCUAGGGCCCCAUCCAACUGAACAAGUCUUUGCUACUGUCAGCGAUGAUAAGACACUCAAAGUAUGGGAUGCAGCUGAGAAGUUACUAGUUUUGAACAAAUCCCUGACGGUAGAGGCCCGGUCUGUUUGUUUCUCAAAUUCAGGAGAUCUCCUUGCCGUUGGCUACAAAACAGGCUCUGUUGAGAUCAUGAAAACAGAAGACUACACUCUGGUAGCGUCGUUUAAACACAGAAAAGAAAACAUAUCUGACUUAGCAUUUUCUCCAAACCAAGACAAGUUCUUAGCAGUGGCUUCUAACGACAACUUUGUAGACAUUUACUCAGUACCUGACUUUAAACGAGUUUGUGUUUGCAAAGGAGCCUCCAGUUACAUCACCCACGUGGACUGGGAUAGGUCGGGGAGUCUGCUGAUGACUAACUCUGGAGCAAAAGAGGUGCUAUUUUACGAAAUUCCUAAAGGAGCCCGCAUUCCUCUGAAAACCUCGGACAUUGGUUCUCAGGAUUGGGGAACAUGGACGAGUGUGUUGUCUCCCCAGUGCACUGGUAUCUGGCCCAGUCCGAGUGAUGUGACUGAUGUUAACGCUGCUCAUGUUUCUCACAACGGUAACAUUAUCGCCACUGGGGACGACUUCGGAUUUGUCAAACUCUUUGAUUUCCCUGCCCUCCAGAAGAACGCUAAGUGUAAGAAGUAUGCGGGACACAGCGCACACGUGACCAACGUUCGGUGGACCAAGAGUGACAACUUCCUUGUGACAACAGGUGGUGGAGACACAUCAGUGAUGUUGUGGUCACACCGGGGUUUAACAGCGAGUAACGGGGAGAGUGACGAGUCAGAGAGUGAGGUAGAGGAGGAUGGUUACGACUCUGAUGUGGAGUUCGAGUGUUCUAUUAACUACAAUCUGAAGACAUACUCCAACCCUAUCAGGGUGGUGGGUGAUGGUGUCCGCCCUGAUUUGAAGAACACCACCUACACAGCUGAAACUAAGAUUGUUCGUCAACAGACGAGUGAUUGUAAUGUGGCUCGUAGAAAGUCCACUCAUGAUGUUAACUCUCUGAAACUAAAGCACGUGUUUGGGUACCGGGGGUACGAUGCGCGGCACAACAUACACUUCCUGGAGAAAGAGACGGAGAUUGUGUACCAUGCAGCUGGGUUAGGUAUCGUCACUGACUUGGAGAGUUCGGAGCAGCGCUUUUACACGGAACACACAGACGAUGUCCUCUGUCUGAGUGUCAACAAACACCCAAAAUACAAGAACAUUGUGGCAACCGGACAGCUGGGCACAAAAGCACAGGUCCUUGUCUGGAACGCUGACACUCUGCAGACUGUCUCCAUAUUGCAGGGAUUUCACAGUGGUGGUGUGUGCACUGUGAACUUCAGCUCCAGUGGCAAGCUCCUGGUAUCUGCUGGGCUGGAUGAGCUGCAUUCCAUGGCUAUAUGGCACUGGGUAGAUGGAACUCGUCUCGCUACAGUACAGAACACUGCCCUUCGUGUUCUACACUGCGAGUUUCGUCCUGACAGCGACACUCAGCUUGUAUCAGUAGGUCAGAAACAUGUUAACUUCUGGAGUCUAGCCGGCACUGACAUCGUCUCCAGAAAAGUGAAGAUCUCAGAGAGUUUAGGAGUGAAGAUGCAGACCAUGUUAUCUGUUGCGUUUAGUACUGCAGGGAUCACGUACACUGGUACUAUUACUGGGAGCGUGUUCGUGUGGCAGGAUUCAACACUCGCACGUGUCAUUGCUAGUUGUCACACUGGCCCUGUCUUCUCACUUUUCACCACAAUAAAAGAUGGUUUGAUCGUGUCGGGUGGCAAAGAAAAGACAGGGAAAUGUGUUGUGAAGCUAUGGGACCAGGCCAUGAAGCGCUCCAAGACGUUCCCUAUAGACUCAGCAGCACCAAAUGGUGUUGUGAAAUCUCUGUCCCGGACACGUGGUUGCAUUGCAAUAGGGACGAGCAAGGGAGAGGUGCUAACUGUAAACGAGCGGUCUGGUCACGUGUCAGUGAUAGUGCAGAGCCACGGCAGUGGGGAAGUGUGGGGACUAGCAGUUCAUCCCACCAAACAGAUCGCCGCUACCGCCAGCAGUGACCGCUCCGUCAAACUGUGGGAUUUAGCUUCCUCCGUCAUGGAGGGCGGGGUGACGAUAAAGUCAGCUGCUCUAUGUGCUGACUUCCAUCCCAACGGCAGUCAGCUGGCGGUUGGGUGUUUAGAUGGGUCAGUUCUGGUACUGUCUCCCAAUUUACAACAAGUACACUCCAUAAGAGAUAGCUCUAAGCAAGUGCAGGUGGUGAGGUUCAGUCCUAAAGGUAAAGUUCUGGCGGUGGGCAGUGACGAUGCUACUGUGGCUCUGUACAGUGUCACGCCUGUUAGUUCCACAUACACCAGAAUAACUGUCUGUAAAAACUUAUCUGGCUCAGUUAUCCAGAUGGACUGGUCAGCUGACAGUCAGCUUCUAGCGGUCUCUCUUUCUACUUACGAGAUUGUUUACAUAAAGUCACCUGAAGGCUACAAAAGUGAUUCUCCUCCCUCGGAUCUACUCCUACAUUCCUCAACCAGUGUGUUAGGUGAGUCUCUGGUGGGGAUCUGGCCACAGGUCUCCUCAAAAUUCGACGUCAACUCAGCAUCUGUUGCCAACGGGUCAAACAUUGUAGCUACGGGAGACGAUUUUGGGACUGUUAAGUUGUUUGAGUAUCCCAGUCGAGUAAAAUAUGCAAAACAUAAGAAGUAUUUUGGGCAUUCUGCACACGUGACAGGAGUUAGGUUUACAUACAAUGACAAAUAUUUAGUGUCUAUCGGUGGAGAGGAUAGCUGUGUCUUUGUUUGGGAGACUGAUAUGUGAAUAUUAUCCUACUUCUAGCUUUCUAGGUUCGUUAUUUUAGAAUUUAUGGUUUACUGGAUUUAACUGGAUAAUUUAACUGGAUCAGAUUUAAUUAUGAUUUAUUUAGACCAACUCCCGUUAAUAGUAAUACCUUAUCAAACUUCGGGGGUUUGGCGUUUGCACAUCUCUGCCGUGUUAAUUUUAAAUUAUUAAUUUUGUAUCAUUAUCAUAAAUUUCACACAAUGUAUAGUGAUGUAUAGUGAUAGCUAUGUAUGUUUCUAGCAGUUUCUGACGAAACAACCAUACUUAUGAUCAGUCAGAAAUAUAUUCACUGUUAAUGUAAAGCACAUACUUAGGAUUCCUGACAAUCAGGGCUCCGAUAAAUCUAGUUAAAAAACUUUGACUUUUCCACAAAUUCGUGCAAAGCUUGCUUUCGACUUGUCCAUCUAGAGUGGACUGAUUCCUACUUAGCAAGAUGCCUACAAUUGAAUGCGGAGAAACGGUAUUUCCCACCUGUUUCAGAAGAGCACUACAAAUUAUAUAAUAUAAAUAUAAGUGGCUUAGUGGUGGGUGGCCAUGUGUCUUGCCACCUUUAGUUACACUUCACAGCGUAUCAAUUCAGUAACCAUGGCUACAUGGAAUCGCAGUGCAGUGCAUUUACUUUAAAGGCUCGUUUACUUUAAAGGCUAUUUUUCUGAAGUUGUUUUAUGAUAUCAGCGGAUUAUACAGGGUUUAGGAUUCUUUAACUCAAGUAUUGACAAUUUCAUGCCUAUUGUGAUGCACUAGAUAUCAAUUUUCACAAUGUAACGUAUUACUAACGUGGUCUACACAUGAAAUAUUUUCUCGAUACGAAAUAUCAUAAUUGCAGUGGAUAAUAUAUUUUGUAUUAUAUCAUAUUGUAACGAAAUGUUUAGUCUUAAUGUAAGUUUUAAACCAGAUCCAACGUUCGUCGCUCUUGUUGAUGACUUUUCACAUUAUUUUAACCAAGCACCGUGUAAUUAUUAUGUUAAUGCAUGGUGUGACAUAACAAAGUAUUAUUUACAAUGUUUGAAUGAUUUAUUAUCAUGUCUUAUUUGCUGACGUUAUUGUAUUAGAAACUAUUUUUCAAACGAU